CCACCCUCCUCACUCCUUUACUCGGUCCUUCUCAUCCCUUCAUUCCCCUUAACUGACAGCGCUGAGGCUAAUUAAGGGCACAGUGAAUGCACUGUGUCGCACAGUUAUACAUUUAUCCUGUUGGUAGUCAGCAGUGAAAUGGAUCUGUUCACACCGGCCGAUCCUGUGACUUUAGCACUGCUGUGCAUAGAGAGAGAAGGAGAGAGAAGAAACAGGACAUCUCUCCACCUCCCCCUUUCCCCCCUUAAUCCUUUCUUUUUUCUCUCCCUCCCUCUGUGGCAGAAGAACAGCGGUGCAGAGAGUAAAGCAUUCUUCUCUGUUGGUUAUGCAGCACGAUCACGUCCCCACAGGACUUAAAUCUGAGAGACGGACAGCUCUCUAACCUCCCGUCCUGGCUCCUCCCCCCACCCGCAGGGGGACUUCAGCCAGGGUACAGCUCAAGAGGUAAAUAAAAAAGGACAUUCCUGAAUCUCAAACGCUGAAGGUGAACUUCUAUCACAGUAUCUGAAAGAGGCAGGCCAACUCUUCGGUCAGUAAGCUGGACACUGCUUCCCCCUGACGUCUCAGCAGGUGUAUCCCAGCGAAGCUCUGACAUCAUGACGGGCCAGAACGCCAGCCAGCCCUGGCAGCAGGCCACGCCCCUGGCGGGCGUGUCCCUGCAGGUGCAGGAGGUGUACCCCUUCCACGACGGCUGGAACGUGGCGUGCUUCGUCAUCCUGCUCCUCUUCAUCCUGACGGUGGUGUCGCUGGCCGCGCUGGCCUUCCUGUACGAGCUGCUGGACUGCGGCUGCUGCGCCAAGGACAAGACGGCUGGGGAGCUCAGCCAGGAGCCCGGAGCCUUCCGCUCCGCCAUGGACAGGAUGCGCCAGCGCCACGUGGAGGUGGUGUAGCCCCGCCCCAUCGCCCGUGUCCCCCAAACGAACAGCUUUCAUCACUCUCACCCCCCCCCCCCCCAAACCCCACCCCACUCCAACCCUAAGGAGGCGGGGGGUCGAUCAUAUUCUGUUCAAAGCACACCUGGUCUCUAUGGAAACCGCAAAGAAAGCGGAGGUGUCUGAGGCCAGAAGACGGGCUCGGGUUUUCAUCAUCAGACAUUUUUUCCCAGAAGACACCACGUUUGCCGUCAACCCCCACCCCCCACCCCACCCCACUCGGCGACAGCCAUCACAAACGACCACACAAUGAAAGUGCGUUAGAAAGUUAACUAAACAGAACUCUCCACAGUCCCGGCUUCUCACUCCAGGCCACCGGUAGCUACUGCACACCUGCACCGAUGCACCUCAAUGUCUCUCCCUUUCUCUGCAGAAGGGAAAACUCCAUUACCCAGUGCACACCGUACCAAAUGCUGCAACACUGUCACAAGGUUACCCGGCACCGCUUUCUCAAAUAUCUACUUCUGAAAAAAUGCACCUGCAGGAACUGGCAGUAUCUAGAAAGUCAAGCUACAAUCUUUCAGCGUUUCCUCGUUUUAAGUGUAUUAACGUGAAGUGGUAAAGGACGUACCACUCUAAGGACAUUUCAGAGGAAUCUCCUACGUGCUCCAACGGUGACUCUCACUCUGUUGUAAUGUUCACUUCACCUGAAUCCCACGUGGGAGACCUAAUGAUGAAAUCUCCAAUCGCACCUGUACCACGACUCUUACACUACCUUUCCUCUAUGUUUUAUACUUACUCAUUCACAUAUCUAUCAGCACAUUGUCUUUUUUUAAAAAAGAGAAAUAACUGUAAAUAUGCUGAGAGAAUGUGUCCGUGUUCCGGUCUCUUUAACCCUUUGUUGUAUCACCUUGCAUUUGUCCCACCUCACAGCACAAUGUAUUUCUCAGCUUGCCUUAAAAUUAUGUGCGUUUGAUUAAAUCAUGGAGGACAUUGGAA